AUGAGCUGGAGCGAGCCUUGGCUAUUCCUAGACCGCCUACGGCGCUGGCUUGCCCUUCUCUCUCGCGCUCUACUACCAUCCACCUCUCCCAAAGACGAGUCCGCUAUCGAAGUGCUCCAAGAACACCGAAUUCGCCUUGUCGUGGCCCUCCAACACACUGACCAGCAGGAAAUGCUGCUACGCGAAUCCUACACCGAACAGACCUUUGACUACGUCUCUCAAUGCUUGCGGACGUGCCUGCUUCCACUAUCCGCCGCUCUCGUAUACGUUCCAACCAAUAUGCCUCCGCAGCCGCUCGGUGGAGCCUUGAGUGAAGCACAGAAGGUCCUGUAUACCUCGCUGGACUUGAAUGUGGCGGCCUUGCAGUCCAAGGUGGGGAAGCUGGAAAACGCACCCAAGCACAAUGUUGUCGAUCGCAUGGCGAUUGUCGUGCCGAGUGGGUGGGACAGCGUCGGUAAAAUCCGGCUGCUCUCAGAGAACUUCAGCCCCGAAGCGGUCUUGGAAGGCUGGACGACUGAUCUCGCAAUCCCCAUCUUCCCGUCCGAAGAAGAGCACGAGACAGAUGAUGCUCCCGACGAUGCCGCAGAGGCGGACUCAAAUGAGCACGAUCUACAUGCGAAUGGAGGCGCUGAGGUCUACGAGUCGGGCCCCCGGCCCCCCUCUCUCGUCAGCUCGCCUCCACCUUCUCCGCCCAUGUCCCCUUCAAAGCUGCCCAAAUCAGCCCUUGCAGACUACGAACGGCGGGUCCAAGAUCCCAAUGCUCAUAAGGCUCCCCCUCCGCCCGAGAUCGAGGUCACCAUGCAACCGACACAAGAAUUUCUGGCGGACAUGCGCGCUCAACUUGUGCAAUACGAAGCGCAAGACGCCGAGAAAGGCAGUUUCGCGAGCACAAAUGCUGGCGCCCUCAACACCAGCAAAUUCAACCUCAACAUCGCCGGCGCAAACGCUACAGGCGAGGCUCUUGACAACUUGGGCGACGUGAGCUUCAACGUGGGAGGCGUAUCGUACAACACUCUCACGGCGGGCGAGGCCAUCGAGCGACUGAAGCGGCCGCAGCUGGCGUCGCCCCGAUCGGAUUCCAAGUCUGGGACGCCUCGGUCUGCGAGGCGCGACCAAAGCGGGACUCAGGACGGCGACUUUCCCACGGAGAAGUUGGAGGAGUACUUUGCCAGCUUGAUCAAAAAGGGUGGAGGAAGCCGAGGGAGUACGCCGAGCAAGAGCUAG